AUGUACACCAAGUGGCGGGCAAAGGCAAAGGGAGCUUCAGCAGCAGCAGCAGCAGCAGCAGGAGCCGCUGCUGCUGCAGCACCAACUGAAGCAGCAGCUGCAGCUCCAACUGCAGCAGCAGCUGCAGCACGAGCUAGGUGCACUGCUUCCUCUACUCUGCAGCAGUUCGUAGCAGCAGCAGCAGCAGCAGCAGCAGCAGCAGCAAAUGCAGCACGCGCAGCAGCACCAAGAGACAUCAGUGCAGCAGCGGAUGAAACGGCGCUGCAGCAGCAGCAGCAACAGCAGCAGCAGCAGCAGCAGCAACAACAGCUGCAGCGCAAAGAGAGCAUCUACGAAGUUGAAGCGGCAGCAAGCCAUCUAGUGCAGCAGGCGCAGCAGCAGCAGGAAGACCAACAGCACAAUGGCAGCCACACAGUAGCAACAGCAGCAGCAGCAGCAGCAGCUGACAUAGCAGCAGCAGCAGCAGCAGCAGCCGAAGCAACAGCAGCAGCAGCAGAAGCUGACUGUGCAUUGUACAGACACUCCAGCGCUCUCUGGGAGGAGGCGCGGGGAUCGGUUUCCAACGCAAAAAGAAUCAGCGGCAGCGGAUCCCUGCAGCAGCAGCAGCAGCAGCAGCAGCAGCAGCAACAGCAGCAGCAGCUGUCUUUACCACUGCUGCUGUAUCUCUCUUUUCCUGCAUUUGCUUCUAUUUAUUUCUCGCUUUUCGCCUGCUGCAAGCCCCCAGCAGCAGCAACAGCAGCAGCAGCAGCAGCAGCAACAGCAGCAGCAGCAGCAGCAGCAAACGCGCAAGGCCCUCACCCCGGGAGCGCCCUUGACGCCUCUUUGUAG